CUAAAAGUAACGUGCGCGCGUCCGUACGUCCCAUUACUCCCUUCUUCAAGUGUCCUAAUGGUCCUCCGUCUACCGGCGACAAUGAUUUGCCUGUUCUUGUCUAUAUUUUCUUACUUAUUUCAGCCAGGCUGGACCGGUGUAAAUGAACGCACCUUCAUUGCUGUAAAACCAGAUGGCGUGCAGCGGAAGCUGGUGGGAGAAAUCGUGCGUCGCUUUGAAAAGAGAGGUUUCAAACUGGUGGGCCUCAAACUUGUGCAGGCAUCCGAGGAUCUUCUGAGGGAACACUACUGGGAACUGAGGAGUAAGCCUUUCUUUCAGGGAUUGAUAAGCUACAUGAGCUCUGGACCAAUCGUAGCAAUGGUGUGGGAGGGUUUGGACGUGGUCAAGACCGCACGCAAGAUGUUGGGAGAGACCAAUCCUGCGGACUCGCUGCCUGGAACCAUCCGAGGAGAUUACUGUGUAGAAGUGGGCAGGAACGUGAUCCACGGCAGUGACUCUGUGGAGAGCGCCCAGAAGGAAAUCUCUCUGUGGUUUCGACAGAACGAGCUUCACUGCUGGGAGGACAACAGCAGCCACUGGAUCUACAACUGACCGUUUACAUGUGCUGUGUGUACUCCUGUAGGUAAACCAGUGUCUGUUUAUAUUGGUAUCCUUACAAGAUGGAUCACAUCAUACCUCAGAUACAUAUUUUUUGGCUUUAUUAGCUUGUAGUCACAUGGGAUGUCCUUUUUUUUCAAAACAUUUAUUUUGUAUUUAUCUGAACUACAUUUCUGAGGUGAAAUGACAUUACAAAGCAAACAUGGACUAACCGAGCAAUACUCAUUAACAUGACGUGUCUGCUUCUGUUACAGUUUUCAUUGUCGUCUUCCCGUUAGUCCAGACACUAGCUGGUGUUUACAGUUUUUAAGCAAUAAGCUUGGAAUGUGGAGCAAUAAAAGGUUUAGAUUCAUGUUUAUCGGGGGUUAACGCAUCAGGGAAUGGUAAGUGAAUAGCUGCAUUUAAAUCCACCCUAAAGGUUGAUUUCUAAAAUAUACAUGUUUCUCCUGUAAUAGUACUUGCAUUGAAAACCCAUUAACAUGGGCGCAAUUAACUAACACAAUUAUUGCCUUUCAAACAUGUUUUUCAGUUUCCUGUACCUUUUUUUUAAAUUCUGUAAGGGUGUAAAACAGAUUGUCACAUUACUUACGGAAAGUUUCAAAAAUAAGACCCAUAACAGCUUUCAAUGAGCUUAUUUUAUAAUUUGUCAGGCUUAGUUUCCAAAUUUAAAGAUACUGCACUGAAAUAAGUACGCUAAUAUAUUUAGUUCUAUAAAGCUUUUAAUUUCUCCAAUAGCUGUUUUUGUCCCAAGAUGCUGUAUGAAUUGUAUUGGAAUUGUCUUAAAACAAAUAAAAUAAAUCUUAUCAGGAAAUCAUUUUAAAAAA